UUUAUUUUGAUCUCCCGGGUCCGCUAUUAGCUUUUAGCCCGUUAGCAUCAGCAAGCGUGGUUGCAGCUAACUGCGCUUACAUUGCUAAUACUCUAUAUACACACAUUACCACUGCUGUACUCACUGUUACUUGCUUUAAUGGCGGAUGAAUGUCUCCACUCUGUGCAGCUCGAGCUCGAGGCCGUGGGAAAGCAGAUUCACGACCUGGAGGUGAGGCAGGCCCAGCUGAGAGAGCGGAGAGCCGCGCUGGAAUCAUCCCGGGCUGACGCUCACAAGUCCGGGGUAAGUAUACAGUGUGCUGCUAACAGUCCCACCACGUCUACUCCGUGUGUUUCUCUGCACAGGCCCGGUGCACCCAGGACGCGAUCUUCCCAGAUGUCCUUCACUGCGACGCCGGGACACCACGGACCCUGGGUGCAUCCACAGCGGAGGACGCGAGCCGGGUCCCGGGCAACGACUUCUCCCCCUCCUGCCUACGACAUCUCCAUCCGGAACCGCUUCGCUCCCCUCCGCGAGACAGGACGCGACGCUGUGAUCAUCGGAGACUCCAUCGUCCGACACGUAAGUGCUACAUUAGCCGAAGGUAAAGUGCACACUCAUUGUUUGCCUGGUGCUCGUGUUCUCGAUGUUUCUGCGCAGAUACCCGCGAUCCUGAAGGCCGACGAGAGCCCCAGAGCGGUCGUGCUUCAUGCCGGGGUUAACGACACCACGCUGCGGCAGACGGAGACGCUGAAGAGGGACUUCAGCAGCCUGAUCGAGACGGUUCGCAGCACGACGCCCACGGCGACGAUCAUUGUGUCAGGACCACUGCCCACGUAUCGACGAGGAGACGAAAGGUUCAGUAGACUUUUUGCUUUAAAUGAAUGGUUGUUGUCAUGGUGUAAAGAACAGAAACUGCUAUUUGUUAAUAACUGGAAUCUUUUCUGGGAGCGUCCUAGGCUGUUUGGCGCUGAUGGAUUACACCCCAGCAGAAUUGGAGCGGAGCUGCUCUCUGACAACAUCUCCAGGACACUUCGCUCCAUGUGACUAGAUUUACACAAGCUCCAGUCUGGAUCCAGAACACCUGAGAAGAGAUGAUGCUGACCCUCAGAGGACCCCAGAUGAUGCUAACCUUGAAUCAACAAACAGAACUAACAAUUAUUGCUACAUGUGUGACUGCAUCAUAUAAUUACUAUUAAUUAAUAAUAUUGAUAGUUCAUCGUCUAGCUGACUACGUCUUGUAUUAUUAUUAUUAUU